AUGCCGCCUCGGUAUAAUGGUCAACGCUGCGCUGGAAAGUUAUACCCUGUAGCUGUAUCAUGCGUCGAUUAUGUUCAAGUCCGAAGCAAAAUUACACUCGUCCUCACCACCAAGACCUCCACAAAGACUCUACCAUCGUCCACGGUUACAGUAACAUCUUAUACGGUGUCGACCUCCACUUCAACUGUUGUACCACCAGAAGUCUCUACAACAUCGAGCUUCUCAACCACAGUCUCAACUACGACUACGGCGACAUUCCAGGCAACUACAACCACAACGACGACAACUACACUCACCGUCACGAGUACUCUAGCAGGGUACGACGCCUGCGCCACGAACAACCUUCUGGGACCAUCUUACAAUGGGGACAUCAUCGAUAAUGAAUCUGCCGCGGCCGGUGGUUAUUCAACUGACCCCUCGGCAACCACUGCCUACGAUUGCUGCGUCUCAUGCCUCAACAGUGAUACUUGUUCCGGCACAGCAUUCCUAACCGACGGAAAUUUGUGUCUCCAGAUUACAGGCGCUACUUGCACGAAUGUUCAGCAGAAUGCUGGCUCCUUCUACUAUGAGCCUAGCGGUCAGGGCACCGGUGAUUCAUACAUAGUCUCGAAUUCGAACUGUGGCUAUCUCACUGAUGGUGGUGUUGGAGGAUAA